UAAUCCCACCUCUCUACGAUUCCCGCUAGGUAUAUAGCCAGCCUCGUCGGAGUGCUUGCUCUCUCUCCUUCUGUUUCUCUCCUAGCGAUUCCGCAGUUUCAUAAUUAAGCUUAAGGAAGCCAAACGUUCCGCUUUUUCUUAGCUCCCCGUUUCAGAGAUCCCCAUGACAAAUUGUUGAAAGCUCAAACAGAGUAAAACUUUGCGUGCAGUUCGAACGCACUAGAGCUUGUAGAUCUGUAAAAACCGUACUUUGAUUGGUGAAAUCUGAGAUACAAGGGAUCGAAUUGUGUUUUACCUUUGGUUGGUGAACUACUAUUAAUUUCUUUCCAUGCUGCACUCGUGCAGCUAUUUUGGGCCUUUUUCUAACACGGGUCUUGUUUUUGGAUCAUAUUAACUGGGUCGAGCGUAAUUGUUUUGGUACAUAUAUACCCUAGUAAGGUCUGGCUCUUGAGAGCUACUUAGACUCCAGCCACCAAGGGGUGGUGCCCCCUAUGGCACCUUCUCGAGUGGCUGGAGGAUUAACCCAAUCUUCCUCAAGUUCUGGAAUAUUCUUCCAGGGAGAUGGGCAAUCCCAGGUUGUAGUUAAUUCUCACUUGAGCUCAUCUUUUGGGAACUCUUCUAAUUCAAUUCCUGGACCUGGGCGUUCAAAUUUGGGUCCUGUUUCGGGGGAUAUGAGCAAUGCUGCGAUGAACAGUGUGGCAAACUCUGGACCAAGUGUCGGGGCAAGUUCGUUGGUGACAGAUGCAAACUCUGCACUUUCAGGAGGUCCCCAUUUGCAAAGAAGUGCAAGCAUCAAUACAGAGUCUUACUUGCGUCUGCCAGCUUCGCCUUUGUCAUUCUCGUCCAAUAACAUUAGUAUUUCGGGCUCAUCAGUUAUGGACGGGUCUUCUGUAGUGCAGCAAAAUUCCCAUCAAGACCGGAAUGCGCAACAUGUGCAGCAGCCGCAGGGAGCUUCAAGUGCUACAUCGCUACCUGCAUCCCAAACUGGCCAAGCUUCCCUUUCCAUGGGUGCACGAGUUGGAGCUUUCAUUCAGGAUCCAAAUAAUUUAUCCCAGGUGCAGAAGAAACCCCGGUUGGAUAUCAAGCAAGAAGAUAUCUUGCAGCAGCAGGUGUUACAACAGUUACUGCAGAGACAAGACCCUAUGCAAUUCCAAGGCCGCAAUCCACAGUUUCAAGCAUUGUAUCAGCAGCAGAGAUUACGACAGCAGCAACAACAACAAAUUCUGCAGUCUAUGCCACAGUUACAGAGCCAGUUGCAGCAACAGCAACAGCAGCAGCAGCAGCAGCAGCAGCAGAUGCAGUUGAGGCAUCAUCUGCAACAACAGGCAAUGCCGCCAAUAUCAGGCAUGAAGCGUCCCUAUGAUAGUGGUGUUUGUGCUCGCCGGCUGAUGCAAUACCUCUAUCAUCAGCGGCAACGGCCACAUUCACAGGAAAAUAGUAUUAUGUACUGGAGGAAGUUUGUGGCAGAGUAUUACUCUCCUCGCGCGAAGAAAAGAUGGUGCUUGUCAUUAUAUGAUAACGUGGGGCAUCAUGCACUUGGUGUUUUCCCCCAGGCGGCCAUGGAUUCGUGGCAGUGUGAUAUUUGCGGUUCCAAAUCUGGAAGGGGUUUUGAGGCAACAUUUGAAGUACUUCCUAGACUUAAUGAGAUCAAGUUUGGUAGUGGGGUCAUUGAUGAGCUUCUGUUUUUGGACUUGCCACGGGAAUGUAUAUUUCCUUCUGGAAUAAUGAUGUUAGAAUAUGGAAAAGCAGUCCAAGAGAGUGUUUAUGAGCAACUUCGUGUUGUUCGUGAGGGUCAGCUUCGUAUCAUUUUCACCCAUGAUCUGAAGAUAUUAUCUUGGGAAUUUUGUGCACAGCGGCACGAAGAACUUCUUCCUCGUAGGUUGGUUGCACCGCAGGUGAAUCAGUUGCUUCAGGUUGCUCAGAAAUGCCAGAGUACGAUUGCUGAAAGUGGAUCUGAUGGGGUUUCUCAGCAGGAUCUACAAACAAACAGUAAUAUGGUACUGACAGCAGGGCGCCAGCUUGCAAAGAGUUUGGAGUUACAGUCAUUGAAUGACUUGGGCUUUUCAAAAAGAUAUGUGAGGUGUUUGCAGAUCUCUGAAGUUGUCAAUAGCAUGAAAGAACUGAUAGAUUUCAGCCGGGAGAAUAAAGUCGGGCCAAUUGAGGGCUUGAAAAAUUAUCCUCGACAUGCCUCUAUAGCCAAGCUCCAGAUGCAAAAGAUGCAGGAGAUGGAGCAACUAGCAAACGUGCAGGGUCUCCCAACUGACCGGAAUACCCUCAAUAAGCUAAUGGCAUUGCAUCCUGGACUAAAUAACCAAAUAAACAACAGUCAUAACAUGGUCAGUCGAGGAGCUUUAAGCGGAUCGGCACAAGCUGCUCUGGCUCUGACCAGUUACCAGAAUCUGCUCAUGAGGCAGAACUCUAUGAAUUCGAAUCCUAACUCGCUUCAACAGGAGGCUUCAUCUUCCUUAAAUAAUUCUAAUCAGAGUCCGUCUUCAAAUCUCCAAGGGGCAGCUGCUUUAAUUCCUGGAUCUAUUCAGAGUUUACCUUCCAGUGGCUUCUCAAGUCCCCGUACACAGCCACGGCAACCACAGAAACUGCAGCAACGCUCACUGAGUGCUAAUAACAUGUUGCAACAAAAUCAUCCACAGACCUCCCAAGGCAACCAGGUCUUACAACAGCAGAUGAUCCAGCAUCUGCUGCAGAUGUCUAACAACAGUGGAGUGCAACAGCAAUCCCUUGCUGGGUCAAAUGCAAAUGGAAGCGUGGCAAGGAAUGGAUUAGGAUUUGGAGGCAACCCUACAGCUUUAGCCAUGGCCAAUGCGUCGGGAAGUAAUGGGCCUGCUCCAAUUCGGAGUAACAGUUUCAAAGCUGCUUCAAACAGUGACUCUGCAGCUGGUGGCAAUAAUGGAUUCAACCAGAGAUCUCCAGAUCUACCACAGAAUCUCCAUCUGCAGGAUGAUAUGGUAAUACCGGAUAUAGCCCACGACUUCACAGAAAACGGGUUUUUAAAUGGUGACUUUGAUGAUAGUAUGAGUUAUGGCUGGAAGGGGUGACUAACAUAAUUUGGCCAAUCAUUUUGUUCGCUUCUGUGGGUAAGUGUCCACCAUAUAUCUUUUGUACAGGGUAUUUGAAAUCUCUCUCUCUCUCUCUCUCUCUCUCUCUCUCUCUCUCAAUUGCAGAAUUUCCUUUGACUUCACGCUCUUGUUCGCAGUAGGUAUUUUGACUUCUAUUUCGAUGGCUUUCUGUGUCCAUCCAAAGCUUGCAAGUGUAAUCUAGUGGUCAAGAACUUCAACAACAGUUUCGUAUUAAUAUGAUAGUUACAUGUUUCA